GCGUGGUGCGGUUUCACACUUGACGGCAACUAGAAGAUGGCGGCGUCCGCGGUGUGCCGGGCGGCUGGCACUGGGGCCCGAGUGCUGCUGCGCACCCGCCGUCCGCCGGCCCUGCUGAGGUCACCUGCUUUGCGGGGUACUGCCACCUUCGCGCAGGCCCUGCAGAACUUACCGGAGACGCAGGUCAGCCAACUGGACAACGGGCUGCGGGUGGCCUCAGAGCAGUCCUCCCAGCCCACCUGCACGGUGGGCGUGUGGAUUGAUGCUGGCAGCCGUUACGAGAAUGAAAAGAACAAUGGGGCAGGCUACUUUGUGGAACAUCUGGCUUUCAAGGGCACGAAGAAUCGGCCUGGUACUGCCUUAGAGAAGGAAGUAGAGAGUAUGGGGGCCCAUCUUAAUGCCUAUAGCACUCGGGAGCACACAGCUUACUACAUCAAGGCAAUGUCCAAGGACCUGCCAAAAGUUGUGGAGCUCCUGGCUGACAUUGUGCAGAACUGCAGUUUGGAAGACUCACAGAUUGAAAAGGAACGAGAUGUGAUUCUGCGGGAGAUGCAGGAAAACGAUGCAUCCAUGCAGGAUGUGGUCUUUGAUUACCUGCAUGCCACAGCGUUCCAGGGCACACCUCUAGCGCAGGCUGUGGAGGGGCCCAGUGAGAAUGUCAGGAAGCUGUCUCGUGCAGACCUGACCGAGUACCUCAGCAGGCAUUACAAAGCCCCUCGCAUGGUGCUGGCAGCAGCUGGAGGGGUAGAGCACCGGCAACUGCUAGACCUGGCCCAGAAGUACUUUGGUAGUGUCUCUGGGACAUACGAAGAGGACGCUAUGCCAGCUCUGAGUCCGUGCCGUUUCACUGGGAGUGAGAUCCGCCACCGUGAUGAUGCUCUGCCUUUGGCUCAUAUAGCCAUUGCAGUAGAGGGGCCUGGCUGGGCUAACCCGGACAACGUGGCCCUCCAAGUGGCCAGUGCCAUCAUUGGCCACUAUGACUGCAGUUAUGUUGGUGGAAUGCAUCUGUCCAGCCCACUGGCUUCAGUUGCUGCAACGAAAAAGCUGUGCCAGAGUUUCCAGACCUUCAACAUCUGCUAUUCCGACACUGGGCUGCUGGGCGCACACUUUGUCUGCGACCGCAUGAACAUCGACGACAUGGUGUUCUUCUUGCAAGGCCAGUGGAUGCGUCUAUGUACCAGUGCUACAGAGAGUGAGGUGACUCGGGGUAAAAACAUCCUCAGGAAUGCCCUGGUGUCUCAUCUGGAUGGUACCACUCCUGUGUGUGAGGACAUCGGUCGCAGCCUCCUGACCUAUGGUCGCCGCAUCCCCCUGGCUGAGUGGGAGAGCCGAAUUUCGGAGGUAGAUGCCCGUACGGUGCGUGAGAUCUGCUCCAAAUACUUCUAUGACCAGUGUCCAGCAGUGGCUGGAUUGGGGCCCAUUGAGCAGCUUUCAGACUACAACCGGAUCCGCAGCGGCAUGUUCUGGCUGCGCUUCUAGGCAGGAUGCCUGGGUAGGCAAGUGGGCGGGGCUGAGGCUCAUGGUCCCCUGCCACAAAUAUGUCAUCUCUGCUGUUCAAACCGGUGCAGCCAAUUACCACCAAUAAACUCCUGUUGAGA